AUGACUCCAUCCCCUGCUACUCGCCUACUCUGCUUCAGCUUCAGGCUUUCAGCAACUUCGUCGCCCCGUCGGCCCGUCAGCUUCAAGCCUUCAACCACGCGGUCUCCCUCUUCUCUGCUCGACGCUCGUCGCUCCAUCCCUCUAGGUUCAGGGUCCAGCUGUGCAGCUGUGCAGGCAGAUGAGAAUUGCUGUUUGGAAUUUAGGAUGGCUUCAUCAAAUACACCAUCAGAAACACCAACACCAACUUCUCAGGAACAAGGAUCAACUCCUGAUCCAACAAUUGGAACCCAAAAAAAUAGUAACAGAGGAAAAACUGAUCCUGCAUGGGGCCAUUGUAAACAAGUUUUGGAUAAAGGAAAAACUACUCUGGUAUAUAUUUAUUGCGAGAAGCAUAUUAAGGGUGGAGGAAUUAACCGGGUUAAGCAUCAUUUGGCUGGAAAAGGUGGAGAUAUUGAGGCAUGUCGAAAGGUGCCAGCUGCGGUGAGACACCAAUUCUCCCAAAACAUUGAAGAUCUUCAGACCAAGAAAAGGAAAACUCAAGAAGAAUAUGCAGAAAGUUAUGGUGCUUGUGAUGACGUUGAAAGGGAAUUUGAUGAGAUUGAACCAACACCUAGUGCUCAACCAAGUAUUAAAAGUGUUCUCCAAAGCAAAGAAAUUGUGGAGAAGUGUGAUAUUGCUAUUGCAAGAUGGAUGAUGGAUGCCUCUGUUCCAUUCAAUGCGGUUAAUUCAGCUUAUUAUCAGCCGAUGAUCGAUGCUAUCGCAAAUAUGGGUGUAGGGUAUAAAGGGCCAAAUUACCAAAGAGUUCGUGGCUAUUUGUUGAGUAAAUUGGUUGAAGAUGUAAAGAAGAUGAUUGAAGGAACUGUUUUCCUAAAGUCAGUUGAUGCUUCUCAUAUCUCGAAAGCUGCUGAGGCUUUGUUUAAGUUGCUUAGGGAUGUUAUGUUAUUUGUUGGUCUUGAGAAUGUUGUACAUGAUAUUGGAAAGUUUGUGGAAGUGACUGAAACUGUGUCACAAGCUUCAAUGAUUACGAAGUAUAUCUAUAAUCACUGCCAUCCUUUGUACUUGAUGAGGCAGUUCACAGGCGGCCGAGAAAUACUUCGUCCAGCUCCAACUCGAUUCGCCACUAAUUUUAUUGCUUUGCAAAGUAUUUUGGCUCAAAAGAAUGCAUUGAGAGCUAUGGUGACAUCUAGAGAAUAG